UUUAUAAUUGUCAGGAUAUAAUAUAAUAUCAUUACCUUCGAAAAUUGAACUCAGGAAUCCAUCACAAAUUUACUGCAGGCGGAAGCAUUCUUUGAUAAUCUCAGUAGGCUCCAAAGUAUAGUUUAAUGGCUCAUAGUAUCUCAACAGCACUUGCUAUUUAUAUAGUAGCACAGUGUUUUCUGUUCAAAAUUUCUGUUACAGAAGCGGAAAAUGUGCCCAUUAGCUUCAAAUUAGAUGGCGAUAAACUUGUUCGGCGAGACGGUGAUGCCGUUGUUCUGGAUGAUAACGUAAUCCAGCUUACAAACAACGAAAGGGGUUUACUCAGCGGAACUGCAGGCAGAGUUGUUUACGAUAAUCCAAUUCCGCUAUGGAACGCUUCUAAUAAAUCAUUUGCCAACUUCACCACUCAUUUUCAAUUCCAAAUCAACUGGACUCGGGACAAUGUGUCUGGGUAUGAUGAUUAUGGUGGCGAUGGACUUGCUUUCUUCAUGGCCUCUCCAGAUACAGGUUAUAACGUCCCAUACAGUGGAGACGGAGGAUGGCUCGGUCUUUUUAGUCGCAAUAAUAAUGGUAAUUUAUCCAAUCAUCUUGUAGCUGUGGAAUUCGACACAUAUAACAGUUCUAAUUGGGACAAAAAUGACAAUCAUAUUGGAAUUGAUGUCAAUAAUAUUACGUCUGAAGUCUCGGUUCCUCUAGAACAAAGAUUGAAUAACAGUAAGAUAUGGGAUGCUAGGAUAGAUUACCUAGGCCGAGAAAAUAUGUUGGUAGUGUAUGCUGGAUCAAAUGGCACAGCAUCACGCCAGUUGUCACAUAAGAUAAAUCUGACAAAAUACCUUCCUGAACAGAUCGUGGUAGGUUUUUCAGCCGCAGCUGUUGAGUCAAGCGAGAUUCAUCGUCUAAUUUCUUGGAACUUCACAAGUGUUAUUUCUAGUUCAUCAGAAUUACAGUCAUCUGAGAAGAGGAAAGUUACAUGGAAAGCAUUCAUAUUAGUCGGCUCUGGCCUUUUGAUUGCAGUGAUUUUUGUGUCCUUCACCAUUUAUAAAUGGCGAAACAAAGAGAAAAACCAUGCCAUGGAAGACGAAGAGCAGCCGGUCAAUGUGGAUAUAGAUAUGGAAAUAGCAAUGGAACAUGUUCCGCGGAAAUUCACAUACGAGGAGCUCACUUUAAGUACCAGUAAUUUCAGCGAGGAGAAAAGGCUUGGACGAGGAGGAUUUGGGGAUGUGUACAAAGGCAUUUUGGUGAGAUCAAAUGAAAUAGUUGCAGUGAAGCGCAUAUCUGCAGGAUCAAAGCAAGGGAAAAAGGAAUACCUUGCCGAAAUAAGCACAAUCAACCGUCUGAGGCAUCGCAAUUUGGUUCAGCUGUUGGGAUGGUGCCAUGAGAAGGCCCAACUGCUGUUGGUCUACGAAUACAUGCCUAAUGGGAGUCUAGACAAUUUUCUCUUUGGUGAAAGGAGAGGAGAAGUAGAGUGGAGCCGCAGAUAUGGCAUCGCCACUGACAUAGCCAAUGCGCUGCUUUAUCUGCAUGAGUUAUGGGAUGAAUGUGUAGUGCACAGAGACAUUAAGUCCAGCAACGUUCUGCUUGAUGCUCAAUUCAAUGCAAAACUGGGGGACUUCGGAUUGGCACGCCUGGUUAAGCAUGAUCAAUGGCUUCAAACGACCAAGGUCGCAGGGACUUUGGGAUACCUGGCACCUGAAUGUGCAGUUACAGGAAUAUCUAGCCCAGAGUCAGAUGUGUUCAGCUUUGGCGCAGUUGCCUUGGAAAUAGCCUGCGGAAGGCCAGUACUAGAUCACAGCCUCCAAAGCCCAAAAGUACGACUUGUCGAAUGGGUUUGGGAGAUGUAUGGUGAAGGCAGGUUGUUCGAUGCAGCAGACAAAAAUUUAGAGGGAGUGUUUGACAGGGCAGAAUUGGAACAGCUGGUGGUGAUAGGCUUAUGGUGCUCUCAUCCGGAUCCUUCUUCGAGACCCAAAAUAAGGCAAGUGCUCCAGCUCUUGCACUUUGAAGUGCCUUUGCCUCGUCUACCCAGCACACUGCCUAAAGCCACAUAUUCUCCUCUGGAACAAGCUUUCUAUUCUCAGUCUUCAGAUUUCACUGUUUCUACCGAUAUACCAUCCACUUCCACUCACUUUUCAGCGUCAACAAGUUCAAGCAUCGGCAUGCCCCUGGGUAGAUAGGCUUCCUAGUUUUAUAUAUACACAUAUAUAUUUUUAUAUGUCACCCACAUCACGAUUUGCUGCUUCUCUAAUUAAAUUUCUGAUUGCCGCAGUAAUAGCCCUGUUUUCUAGUUCUUAAUUUCCAGAACUUUGUUAUAUUUCUAAUCCUAUCAAAUUCUAAUGCACUCAAUCGGUGCUUAUUGGCAUGAUUUAUAUUUUAUGGUCGUGGGUAUUAAUCUUGAGAUAUGAUGCUUAUAUAAACCUUAUAACCCUUUUUUAAGGCACAAAACUUUAUAAAAUUCUCAU